GCGGGACGGAUUUAUCAGUCGGCGGACUUCCUUGAUCGACAUCAUUGUCCGAUGUAUCCAAUGGCGGUAUUCCGCUGGUAAAAGUGCAUUUUUCCAUUUCAAUUUUGGGCGACCGGGGUAUAAAUAUAAAUGUUGAUCUCAGAACUGCGCGCGAGCGCGAGGACGCGCCGGAGUUGAGUAACGGGAGCACGUCGUCGUCGCCGUUGAUGGUCAUGUAACGAUUCUAGACACGUCGCCGCGAUCGUCGUCCUUGUCAUCGUCGUCGAACGCAUUCGAAAUCUUUUAGCUAAAUGUCAAAGCUAUUCGUCGACGUCAGUUCCAGAGUAUGCCGCUCUAACGAGGCCGCGAGAAUGAGCUGUUGAGCGCACACCUUGCCGAGAAUACGCAACAUCGUGUUUGUACUUCCGCGAAGAUGGGCUUUUCCACGAGUUUGCAGGGCCAGGCGUCGCACGAGGCGCUGCUGGCUCGUCAGGAUGCCGAGAUCAAGCUCCUGGAGACGAUGCGACGGUGCCUGACGACGAAGGUCAAGUCCGACCGUGAGUAUGCGUCUACAAUUUCCUCGCUCACCGCGCAAGGGAAGAAAAUCGAGCGCAACGAGGACCUCGUGGGCAGUUUAAUAGCGCAGAGCUGGAGAGAUAUAAUGGACUCUAUCGAUCAAACCGCAAAAUUAAUCAAGCAACAAGCUGAUUCUGUUGAGAGCAUUGUUGUGGAUCAGCUGAGCACAUUGUAUUCGGAGAGGAGACGGGCUAGAAAGUUUUAUCAAGAGGAGCAGAGCUGGCUGAAUAAUCAAUUGCAACAGUUGACAGAGGAUGUAACUAGGAAGAAAAUGGAAUAUCAAAAGAAUCUAGAGAUGUAUAAAUUAAUGAGGUCACGAUUUGAAGAGUAUUAUGUUAAGUCUGGUAGAGGCGGCCGCAAAUUGGAUGAAGUAAGAGAAAAAUAUCAGAAGGCAUGCAGAAAACUUCAUUUAACACACAACGAGUAUGUUCUACUAUUGGGCGCUGUAACAGAAUGUGAACACGACUUGAGAACCUGUUAUUUGCCAAGUCUGCUGCAUCGGCAGCAAGCUAUUCACCAAGAAUUCAUAACUUCAUGGAAAGGAAUACUUCAGGAUAUUGUAAAAUACUCUGAUUUUACAACAGAAAAAUUCUUGGAGAUCCAUGUACGAGUGCAAAAAGCAGUCGAUAGCAUCAAGCCUAUCGAAGAGUAUAGAGAUUUUAUUGGAAAGCAUAAAACUAGGCCAGCGUCUCCGAUCAGAUUUACAUUUGACGAAAACCUUGUGGACGAGUCUUCAGGGAAAUUAUCGCCAAAUAAACUGACCGUAGAUAACUUGACCAUAGAUUGGUUGAGAAGUCGCCUCACGGAACUCGAAUCUAAUCUCAAAACCACACAGCAAAAUCGGCAGAGCCCGCAGUUUCCGCAAGAAAAUAAUAGUGAUUCUAGGGUUUCAGCCUUGGAUUAUUCUCGCGAGAGAGAAGAGCUGAGAUUGCGUUGUCAGGAGAAGAAAUUACAAAAGCAAAUGGAAGUUAUUAGAAGCGCUCUCAAUGAAUUAGGCUGUGAAGAGUUACCGUCAGGUUGCGAUCUUUCUGUGGAAGGUUCUUUCACCGAGUCGCCUACAAUUAGCAAAAAGAACACAGUCGCUGACAGUGGUUUGUUCACACUGAGGAGAAACCAACGAUUCAUGACAAUACUAAAAUCACCCUUCAAAUCCUUACCGGCGAUUAAUAACGCGAAAAACGGAGUGAUUAGGGCGAAUAGCGAAGGGCCCACAGCCAAAGCAGAAAAUAAUGUCCCUCCUGUUGUACCAAUGCGAGGAAUCUCACACUUGACUAACAACCAAAAAACUAAUGGAAACGGCGGUCUUAUGGAAGAGGAAUGGUUUCACGGAGUAUUGCCAAGGGAAGAGGUCGUGAGAUUGCUCGUAAACGAAGGAGACUUUUUAGUGCGUGAAACAAUGAGGAACGACGAAUGCCAGAUAGUUUUAUCUGUUUGCUGGGACGGACACAAGCAUUUUAUCGUACAAACUACACAGGAGGGACACUUUAGAUUUGAAGGACCCACAUUCCCGUCAAUUCCGGAGUUAAUCAGGCAUCAAUGGCUAUCUGGCUUACCGGUGACCAGUCGAUCCGGUGCUAUUCUUAAGACGCCAAUUUUGCGCGAACGGUGGGAACUUAAUAACGAUGAUGUCAUUCUUUUGGAGAAAAUAGGUCGAGGAAAUUUUGGCGAUGUCUACAAGGCGCAAUUGAAGACUUCUAAGACUGACGUGGCCGUGAAAACGUGCAAGGUGACGUUACCGGACGAGCAGAAGCGCAAGUUUCUGCAGGAGGGGAGAAUACUGAAGCAGUACGAUCAUCCGAACAUAGUCAAGCUUAUCGGUAUUUGCGUUCAAAAGCAGCCGAUCAUGAUCGUGAUGGAAUUGGUGCCUGGUGGUUCGUUACUUACGUAUUUGCGGAAAAACGCUAGUACAAUAACACAGCGGGAGCAGCUACGUAUGUGCAAGGAUGCCGCGGCUGGUAUGAGCUACUUGGAAUCUAAGUAUUGCAUUCAUAGAGACUUAGCCGCUCGCAAUUGCCUCGUAGGAUACGAGUGCAUAGUCAAAAUCUCCGACUUCGGAAUGUCGAGGGAGGAGGAGGAGUACAUAGUCUCGGACGGUAUGAAACAAAUUCCCAUCAAGUGGACCGCGCCAGAGGCUCUGAAUUUCGGUAAAUACACGUCUCUCUGCGACGUGUGGAGUUACGGGAUUCUGAUAUGGGAGAUAUUUUCCAAAGGCGGCAAUCCGUACAGCGGUAUGUCGAAUUCGCAGGCGCGCGAAAAGAUAGACGCAGGGUACCGAAUGCCGGCUCCGGACGGAACGCCCGACGAGAUUUACCGAUUAAUGCUGCGAUGCUGGGAGUACGAGCCGGAGAAGCGGCCGCACUUCGAUCAGAUAUACACCGUGGUCGAGACGCUGUCACAAGCGUAUCUAUGAGUAUUAUGUUAAGAGUAUUUUAUAUACGAAGUAAGAAGUACGAAUUGGUGCUAUAGUAUUUUUAAACACUUAUUUUAUAUCACUGUAUAUUUUUUUCGACAAGCUACAAAAUCCAAUGACAAUUGCCUGGGAGACGUUGGAGCCUUAGAAAUACGAAAGAAUGCUCACAACCAAAUCGUACUUUAUCUUGUGACUAUACAUAUCUGGUCGUAUACGUAUCUGGGUAUAAUAUAAAACGUACCGUUGAUCGCCAUCUGUGUACGUUGUUCCAAAAUCGUGUUGAUGUAAAUGCCAUCGCUCUUUUUAUUCGCCAUGUUUAAUUAUUACGUUUUAUAAAUUAUUGUGUUUCUCCGUCCACGUAAUUUUCAAUUGAAUUUACAGCAUAAUAAUACUGUUAUCACUUUCAUAUAGUAUUUGAAUAUAUAUUUAACUUUAUUGUUAUGUACUUGCAAUUAUGACGCAAUAUGUAGGCUUUAUUUAUUCAGUUCUAUUGUCAUCCGUGUGUUCUCUUCAAUAUUUCGUAGUGUCUUUUUUUUGGUGUACAUAUAAUAAUCGUAUGUAUAUCAAAUUUUAUAGGCGCGUAUUUGAAUCUUGUUUUUGUGUAUAUUUAUUGUAAAUUUAUUGUCUUUUACGAUAAUCAACAGCUCAGUAAAAACGUCAGAGAUCUUGUACAUAAAAGAUACAUUUGCGAUUUUACGUACGUUAUAAUUUUUAGUAACAUUUCAUCGUAUUUAAUAGUAUAUUUUUAAGUAGCAAUGUAUUAUGCCGUACAUUUCGAUAUGUUAAUAGUGCUCGGAUGCAUUCGCGUUUACAAAUGUAUUUCGCGCAACUCACUAAUCUUUCUUUGCGAGCCACUAAUUGUGCAAAAAUGUGCUUUUUAAAUAUUGCAGAAAACGUUGACUGUCGAAUGCAAGUGCACUGAAUACUAUUAAUGCAGUCGAUCGUACGAUUCUGACCAACUAUGUUAUUGUAUACUCUCAUUCAAUUAGAUACUAAAAGGCAAUCGGUAAUUAUAUAUUCGCAUAAAUUGAAUUCCAUUCAACGAGCAUAUUGACAAUACGUAAAAUUAUGCAACAUCAAUUCCAACUAUAUUCUGUCACCUUUUUCUUGUAUAUACACGAUAAAUGUGUAAAGGAACUAAACAAUUCACGAGUAUUGAAAGAUUUGUAAUAUCGAAUCUCAUUGAAAAAGGGAUAACGUAAUGUUACAAAAAGGCUAUGUUACUGGUUUUAAGUUUUCAGAGAAUUUAUUCUUAUAUAAACGGUUGAACAGAGAGAACUAGAAUUAAGCACCUUGCAGUAUGGUAUUUUAAUUAUAAGAUUCUUUUCCCACGGUAAUUUUGUAUUCAUUAUUGCUGUGCAAUGCGUAGAUAAAAACAAGAUGUAAAUGUGUGUGUAUCGUUUGUACUAUAAAUGUAUAAAAUUUAAACGUUAUAACAUCCAACGCUCUUCGAAAGUUAAUAAAUCAAAAUUCUUUAGAUGCACUUCA